GUCUCCCGCGGCCAGGUCGCCCCCUGCCGGGACCCGGGCGCGCUGCAGCCGCGGAGCCGGGUGCCCGCCCCUCUUACCGCCGGGGGCGGAGUCGCUGCCGCUUCGGGUCCCGGUCCCCGCCUCCAAGACCCCCGCGCGCCUCCUCCAGGCGAGCUGCGGGACGGGAAGGGUCCGGCCGCCGUGGGCCGCUGCCAGCCGCGGGGCUGCCAAGGGCCGCUGGCGAGAGGCGAGGGCUCCGAGUCUGGCGGCCGCUGAUGGGAGGCGGAGGCCGGGCGGGCGAGCGCCGGCGCAGCGGCCACCAUGGGGAACAAGCAGACCAUCUUCACCGAAGAACAGCUAGACAACUACCAGGACUGCACCUUCUUCAAUAAGAAGGACAUCCUCAAGCUGCAUUCACGAUUCUACGAGCUGGCCCCCAACCUCGUCCCAAUGGACUACAGGAAGAGCCCCAUCGUCCACGUGCCCAUGAGCCUCAUCAUCCAGAUGCCAGAGCUCCGGGAGAAUCCCUUCAAAGAAAGGAUCGUGGCGGCGUUUUCCGAGGAUGGUGAGGGGAACCUCACUUUCAACGACUUUGUGGACAUGUUUUCUGUGCUCUGCGAGUCGGCUCCCCGAGAGCUCAAGGCAAACUAUGCCUUCAAGAUCUACGACUUCAACACUGACAACUUCAUCUGCAAGGAAGACCUGGAGCUGACGCUGGCCCGGCUCACUAAGUCAGAGCUGGAUGAGGAGGAGGUGGUUCUUGUGUGCGACAAGGUCAUUGAGGAGGCUGACCUGGAUGGUGAUGGCAAGCUGGGCUUUGCUGACUUCGAGGACAUGAUCGCCAAGGCCCCUGACUUCCUCAGCACUUUCCACAUCCGGAUCUGAGGACACUGCCGAGGCUGCAGGGGCCUGGAAGUCCACCGUCCUGUCCUGUAGUCACAUGGGUGUGGCCUCCAAGCUCCCCAGGAAAGCAGUGGCAGCCUCUGGGGUUCACACCAUGAAUAUUUCCUGUGGCCCUUUCAGCAAAAAACAGCCUUAACCAGGAAGGGGGCAUGUGAGGGUUAGGACCCUUCCCACAGCCCCUCUGUGGUCCAGCCCGAGGACCCAUGGCCCCUCUCCAGGCCCUCCGCACCCCGCCCUAUGCCCCAGUCCUCUCCCACUCCAGGAAUGCUCCCCAGCCCCCAGAGGGAAAGGCAGAUAACCCAAUAGGAGGUGGUGGGGUCUGACAUGUCCAAGUGCUGGCAGACACCCUGGUCACCCAGGACAGAAUGGGAAAAAAAAAAAAAAAGAGGUCAGGGUUUUAAUGAGCUAUGCAAUCUUUUUCCAAAACCCAAGGUUGGGCUGCUCCUCACCCCUGCCUGUUCCUCUUCUGCUGGCCUCCUUCACAAUGUGAAGCUGUAGGCACAGUGGGCUGAAGGGCUCUUGCCCCUGUCUCUGCCUCUGGGUCAUGAGUACCACCCUGCCUGCCUUCCCCAACACCAUGGAAUCCUCACUGGUGUGUGCUGUCCACAGAUGUGUGAACUCCUGGUAGUAAAACACUUUUGCAUCCCUGUGCUCUCCAUGU